AUGAAAAUUCAGCUUCUUUUCAUUUCAUAUGCCUCGCUAUUCAUGAACAACGGAAAGGGAAAUUUGUGGUCAUGUUUUUUGUUCCCGGUGACUGCGUAUUUGAUUCUUGGUUUAGUUGAGGUUGCAAACAAUAUGGCAGACCCAUUUGGGGAGGAUGAAAAUGAUUUCAAUCAGGAAGCGAUUGUGAAGAUACUGUACAACGAAUCCAAGGCCAUAUGUGAACUUCCACCGGAAGAAUUUUUGGACAAACUUGGAAGCAAAGAAAAUAUGCCAACAAGAGGCAUUGAUGGAGAGUUCUUUGACAUUGAUGCCUUGAGUUCAAGCGAAAUGCAUUCCCUGGAAUUGCCUGAGAUACCUGUCAAAGAAAUUUCUUGGUCAAAGGCUGACGUGGAUAGAAUUUUAAAGGAGAAGGAGGCAUUGGAAAAUGAGUUGACGCGGAGCGGUAUCCCAAAGCUUUCCGAGCAAAUUCGAUAUUUGGUGGAGUCCAUAACUUCUCUCACUGAGCAGCAAAGACAAGGGUCCCUACUGCAAGAAAAGAUGGUGGAAAGAGUGAAGAACAUCCGACAACAGAUGUCCGACCAGCAAUUGGAGUCGAAGCUGCUGAAAGAAGGCACAGAAAAACUUGAGAACAUGACAAUUACACAUAUGAAGCGCGUUGAGAGGAUGGAACAAAUCAAUUUGACAGCAAUCGAAAAACUGAACAAAACGAUGUUACAAAUUGAAUCAAAGUACAACCAGCAAUCGGCAAAUCCAGAUGUGUUUGGCUUCACUCUUGCGAAUAAAGUAUCAUGGGAUGGAGAGCAACAUCUUUUUGUGGAAGAGGUGCGACAAGGAUCUUCUGCUCACCGUGCGGGGCUUAUUCGAGGAGAUGAAUUGACCGCAGUGGAUGGAAUCAAAGCGACUGAAAUGCAAUUCUAUGAGCUUGUUAAUUACGUGUCUGAGAAGGCAUCAAACGAAAUUGUAAUCGACGUUGUCAAAGUUGUCAACAUGGAGACUCCAGCGCCAUCCAAGGCGACUCACUCAACUGAAUUUAGUCGGAGGAGAGGACAGGGCGAUCAGCAUAUCAGCAACACUCCUUUCUCGCACUUGACCGGGUUCUCCACGAUGGAGCAGUCCCACAAGAGCGAGAUGUUUGUUCCUGAUACUCCUUAUGAGGCUUCAGAGCAAUUCAAGUCCACAGUCAAAAUACCGAAGCUAUCACUCGCGACGUCUGGUGGUGGGACGGACAUGCAGGAAGAACAACGGCAGGAGGAAAUAAGGUUGGAUUCGGCUCUCUCUGAUCCACAAGAUGCCAAUAUCGACAAUGCUUCACAUUUCAUGGAUGCAUCCCAAGGAUAUCGACGGAUAACCAGCAAGGGGAAUGCCAUCUUAACUGCGCAGCAUGAUUCAAGCGAAUCAGCGGACUCUAGAGAACAGAUCAUGAAAGUCGGAGUUCACUCUGACAAGAAGGCAGUGGAACUACCUUCGCCUUGGAGCAGCGAAGGGGGACUGUCUGAGGUAUCAAUCCUUUCUCAUGAUGCAAACUCAGUGAAACCAUUCGUUGACAAGGAUUACAUAACGAGGAGAAGCAAAUCAAUUUGGCUGCAUGUGACGCCAGAUGAGCUUUCACAUCGAGUAGAAGAAAUCAUGAGAAUCGACGCGGAAGCUGAUACAUUAGACCUACACAAUGCCGACCAAACAGCUUCACCAGGUCAUUGGAAUCUUGAAUUCAAGAGCACUCUUACGCCCCAAUAG